GGUUCCGCGCCUGCGCGCUGGUGGUGGCGGCGCCGGCGGGGCCGGGCCUGGAGGGGCAGGCUGUGGCGCUUCCCAGCGGCAGCGGGAGGGAACCCGCUAGGAGCCGGCCGUGGGGAGCUCGUCGCUAUGCUCAGACGGGACGGGAGAAGUCUCUGACCGUGAGCAGCCGGGUCUCUGCGCGCCAGUAGAAGGAGGCGGCCAUGGCGGAAGCCGAGGAACUGGGACCGCGGGGGGCUGUCGAAGGACCCGACGAAGACGAGGACGAGGAGCGGGAGCCGCUGCUGCCGAGGCCGGGCCGGGCCCCGCCAGGCUGCGCUGUGAGGGUCAUCUGGAGUCCGGAGGGAGGAGAGGACGAAGAGACCUCGUCGGACCGAGCGGAGGAAGAAUUGCUGCUCCUGCCCGGGGGAGAAGCCGCCGACACUGCCCGUGGGGGCCGCGACCGGAGGGCCCGGCGGAGCCCGUCCUGUGACAGCCAGCGCCUCAUCUCGUCAGUAAAUUUUGGAGGUACUUCAGAGAUGAACAUAUUCUUAGAGGAUCCAGAAUUUGCUGAUAUAAUACAGAGAGCAGAACAAGCAAUAGACUGUGGAGUUCUCCCAGAAAGAAUCUCUCAAGGUUCAAGUGGGAGUUAUUUUGUCAAGGAUCCCAAAGGGAAAAUUAUUGGUGUCUUUAAACCAAAAUCCGAAGAGCCUUAUGGUCAUCUAAAUCCAAAAUGGACCAAAUAUUUUCAUAAGAUCUGCUGCCCUUGCUGUUUUGGCAGAGGUUGCCUUGUUCCUAAUCAGGGAUACCUUUCUGAGGCUGGUGCCUAUCUUGUAGAUGAAAAGCUUGCUUUGGGAGUUGUACCUAAAACAAAGGUUGUCUUGCUUGUGAGUGAAACAUUUAACUACAGUGCAAUAGAUCGUGCAAAAUCAAGAGGCAAAAAAUAUGCUCUAGAAAAAGUACCAAAAGUGGGCAAAAAAUUCCAUCGAAUAGGACUACCUCCCAAGGUGGGCUCCUUUCAGAUGUUUGUUGAUGGUUAUAAGGAAGCUGAGUAUUGGCUUAGGAAAUUUGAAGCUGAUCCUUUACCUGAGAAUAUUAGAAAACAGCUUCAGUCACAGUUUGAGAGAUUAGUUGCCUUGGAUUACAUCACCAGAAAUACAGACAGGGGAAAUGAUAAUUGGUUAGUCCGAUAUGAAAAACAGAGUGAUGGGAGUGAAAGUUCCAGUAAGGAAACAGAGUGGACUACUAAUAAAGAAUCUCUUAUUAAAAUUGCUGCAAUUGAUAAUGGUCUAGCAUUUCCUUUUAAACAUCCUGAUGAAUGGAGAGCAUAUCCUUUUCACUGGGCAUGGCUCCCUCAAGCAAAAGUUCCUUUUUCUGAAGAAACUAGAGAAUUAAUUCUCCCACGUAUUUCUGAUAUGAACUUUGUACAAGAUUUAUGUGAAGACCUUUAUGAACUUUUUAAGACUGAUAAAGGAUUUGACAGAGCUACUUUUGAAAAUCAGAUGUCUGUAAUGAGAGGCCAGAUUUUGAACCUUACUCAAGCAUUAAAAGAUGGAAAGAGUCCUCUUCAGCUAGUACAAAUGCCACGUGUGAUUGUAGAACGAAGUCAGAGUGGAAGUCAAGGCCGGAUUGUUCAUCUGAGUAAUUCAUUCACACAAACCGUGCAUUGCAGGAAGCCUUUCUUUUCUUCCUGGUAGCUGAUGUAAGAUGAAGAACACUGAACUCUCUUGCCUUUAAUUAAUAAUGUUUUGUAAAAGAUUUUGCAAUAAUAUAAAUCUUCUGUUGACAGCUCCAACUGCCAAAACCUCCAAUAACUUAAAUCUUUAAAAAGGUUGCAUUUUGAAUGUAAUCAAAAGUUUACAGUUUUUGUGUCCAAAAAUUGUGCAUUUACAUCAGGGAGUAAGCAAGUAACUCAUUGUUUAUAUUGUAUUUUUAUAGGAUAAAUGUACUUUAUUGUGUUGAUGCUACUUUAAAAGAAAAUUUUAGUUUACAUAUGCUGGAAUGACUGUAUUUACUUUGGAAUUCAAAAUAGAAAAUUAUAUGUUUGUUGUUCAUUUUGACAAUGAGAGCUUGAGUGUAUAAAAUUAUUUUUAUAUUGCCCUUGCAAAUGAAGGGAAUUUCCUUGUUAAAUUUAUUCAUGUUCUACAAUGCCUUAAGUUCGAAAUUAACCCAUUUGGAUUUGAAUGCAGUAGUUAAUAGAAAAAGAAAUUAGAAUAUUUAGAUUGCUUCUUUUAAGAAAAUAGCUGCUGUUUCUAAAACUUGAAAAAUGUACCUGAAAAAGCCCAGUCUACUUUGUACUAAGGACCAAAAAAAAUAGUUAAAUUGGCAUUAGACUUUUGUUCUUCUGUUUGUUUACUUCAAAAUUAUUUUUAGAAAAUUGUACAUAUUAAAUUUGUUUGCUUUCUCUAACAUCAAAGGAGACUUGGUAUAAUAAAGGUGCAAAAUUCAGUUUGGGUGUGAAAAAUGGGAGGUUAUUCAUUGACCAAUAUCAGAAUAAGUCUGUAGGUACUUAAGCUUUUGAAGUAUUUAUCAAUAAAUAUCCUUAUAUGUCUUGCUUAAGAACUAAGAAUAGGCUGCUUUUAUUAAUAAUGAACUUUGAAAAAUGAAAAAUUAUACCCCAAAGUACAUAUGAGACUGCAUUGGGGGCCCUACUGUGAACUGAGCCUUUAGAGCAGCCUGUUUUUUUUUUUUUUUUAAAUAAUUUAUGCUACUUGAUAUUUCAGUUUUCUAAUUAGUCAAUUUUUUAGUUCUCUGGACAAAUGAUAGAGAGAAGUUAAAUAGAGGAUCCCUAAAAUAAUUUACAUUUGUUUCUGAAAUGCAUUUUUAUACAUAAUUGGAUGUGUCUGACACUGAGAAUUUGUUACACUUUCAAUAAAUAUUUACUAAAUUGAAUUGAAAUAAGCUAUUUAAGAUCUGACUUCAGACAAAUUUGAAAGAGACUCAACUUUUACCUCCUAUACUACCUAGCCCACUGAUUAGCUUUCUUUGCCACUUUAUGCUGGGAAUGACCACAUUACUACAUCACUCAGUUGGCCAUCACCAGAACUAAACUGUCCCUUCACAUUGUUAAGUUCACUGAUUUGGUUGUUUGCACAGGCUAAAGUGAGGAUGGGGCGAUUGGACAUUUUAAUUGCUUGUUGUGUAAAAGGUAUUCCUCAAUUAUAAUGCCACGGGAGGAGAUAGAGAAUUCCUUAACUCUUUAAUUAGUCUCCACUUCUGACUCCUGGUUUUGAGCACAUUUUUGAGGACACUGAUUCCACUAAACAAAGAUGAAAUGGAAAACAAUGUCUUCUUAGUACACCCUGAAAAUAAUUUGAAAAGGGAACCAUCCAUCUUUGGAUAAUGUAGUAUUGAUUAUAAACUUUAAAAGGUACCCCUAAUAUUAUUAGUCAUUAAAAUUGGUGUUUUCAAAAGUUGUAACCUAUAGGAAAAUAAGUACCUGUGUUGUUUAUUAUUUUCAAAAAUUAUUGUAGUUAGUAUUUCACAUUCUACUAUGCUAUAUUUUUAAAUGGAAAACAGAAAAUUGCUUCAGUGAAAAAUAAACUAGCACAUUGUUAAGAUCUUCUAUUUAAAAUGACCAGGUUAUGCCUUAGAACUGAAGGAAAUAUGUAUAAUAAAUAUUUUAAUUCACAAAACAAGUCAGAGCAAUGAUAUUUUUUAAGCUUUUCAGGAUCUUAGUUUUUAUGUAAAUACUCUCUUGAAACUUUUUUAAAGUGAGUAUAUUUGUGGUUGCCAAAUAGAAGACUUAAAAUAAUAAAAAUCAUCACUGAAAGACAAAA